UCGUCCGUACUGUGUUUUGUUGUUGUUGUUGUUGAGGAUUUUGAAGCCUAACAUCUUCUCGGAGGCGCGGUUACAACAUCCACUUGUACUUUUUUUGUUCGCAGCAUCAUAAGCUGGUUUGGUUGGAAAUACAUGGAUACAAGAUAUAACCGAUGACUGAGAAACAUUUGGCUUUUUCUGGGCUGUGUGUCGGCGAUGGCUGAACUUAUGCCGUCCAACUCAAGAAGGUGUACUUAUUUCUUCCUCUACGAUGGAUCAAAAGUCAAAGGAGAGGGCGACCCUACAAGACAGGGAAUCUGCUACUUCUACCCUGAAGAGACCUCUUUAGAUAGGCAGGAUCUGCUGUGUGGUCAGCUCGCUGGCGUGGGCCGCUGUGUCUCCGAGCUGUCUUUGUCUCCUGUGCGCAUACUGAGGCUGCGCCGCAACAAGUUUGCCAUCCGCAUGAAAGAUGACUUCUUCUGGGCUCUGGGCUGCUCACUGGAAGUCCCCACCAGCAGUGUGUGUGAGCUCCUGGAUCAGCUUAUAAACCUCUUUUGUUUCUACAAUGGAGCCGUCAGACGGAGCUACCAGAUAAACAGUCGAGAGUUGUUGGCUGCUCGAUGGGCGCAGUACCUCUCACACCUGCAAUCAGGAUGCUCAGAGCUUCAUUACAUCUUCAGCUGCUUGAGGACUCUUGACUCGACUAAUGUUGAUCCACUGCUCCUUCUCAAAGCUGCCCUCAUCCUGCAGGCAUGUCAGCGCUGCCCUCUAGUGUUAGCAGGCUGUAUUCUCUUCAGAGGAAGAGUUGUAAGCACACAGAUGAGUCCACAGCUCACCAUGAAGGUGAUGGUUCAUGAGAUUGAGACAUACAACAAGGCCCCGAGGCACGCUGUGGAGAGAACCUCCAGCCCAUUUGGAGGUGACGUCUGCGCCACCACCGUGUUCCUGACGAUGUCUGAACUUCAGUUCUUGCAAUCGGCUCCUGUCGACAAAGAUGUCAGUUCCCAUUCAACCCCACACAAAGACACACCCCCACAGAGGACCCGCCUCUCCAGAACGUUGUCGGAUAUGACCUUCACAGAGUCAGAGACUUCAGAUCCAGGUUGCUCUCAGUCUUACCUCAAAGUGUCCUAUAGCCCCCACUUGUCAGACUGCUCAGUUUUUAGCCCAUCUACAUCGCAGAGCACCGCAGAUCCAGUAAGCCCCCCACCACAGCUGCUUGAGUCUCCUCUGUCAAAUGGAAAUCACUCUGAUGAAGCUGACGAGGAGGGGCUGGAAGUUUCCUAUUACCACAGUUUUCUCAGCAACGAGGGUGGAAGCAGUCGGGUACAUCUGGACGGAGACAGCCCAGUGUUUGAAGAAAACCCCCUUUUAAACGGAGCUGGGGAGGAUGGAGACGCAGCUUGUGGAGCUGACUUUAGAGGGGCGGGGUAUGGGCAUGAACAUGAAGAGAAGGUUUUGGAAGAGGCCAGCAGAGGUGUCAGCUCUCCGGGCCGUGAGGCAGAGAUGAGCGGCCCUUCUCCUUGCUCUGGCUCCUUUGAUAACUCAGAGGAGAGCCCUCUGAUUCCCAUGAUGCUUUACCUGCACCGGGUUAAAGGCCUGGUGCUGGCUCUGCUGGCAGAGCCUCACUUCUUAAGUGACUCAGCAUCUAUGGAGGAAGUGUAUCACAGUAGCCUGGCGUCACUCAAUGGGCUGGAGGCCCAUUUAAGGACCGUCUCUCCAGGAGCCCCAGGUACUCCAGGACCCUACGUCUUUGCCCAUUUUGACUGCAUUCAGAGCACACUGACAGCCAACCUGUCUGGUCGACCAGGGGGAGCCCCGGAGCGUCCUUUUGUGAGAGCCACAUCACUGCUUCACUCGCAUUUCUGUAACACUGAAACUCUGCAGGAGGCUAUUAUCAGGAGUGCUGGUGCUGCAGUGUAUGGAACCCGCAGCGUGGCCCAGGAGACUUACUUCCAGCAGUAUGGGGGAUCGCUGAGGAACUCAGGCAUCCCUAACUACCAGGACAGUGCUUUCUCGCUGCCCAGCAAGGCCCGACACAGACUGCUGAAACACGGAGUCAACCUGCUCUGAGGUCACAGCGUCAUGAUGUCUGCUCUCAGUGUUCAAGAGAAGCUGUUCUCUGUUAAUAAGUAGAGCUGUCCUGUGAGUAAACUGUAAAAUCUAAGAAAUGUUUAUAACAUGAUUUCAGCUCCCUCUGUUUAUUAGCUGCUGUAGUUGUUCCUCCAAUAGAUUUCAGCAUAUCGUGUGUUAUGAAACCUUAUUGCACUUAUAUUCAGAACAGCGCUUAGAAUAAAAUGUACCAUUAGUCUGACAGAGAAGAUUGUCGGAAGAUGAAGUUACGUUUGCAACCAGGUCUUUGCUAGAUUAAAUACAAUUUGUUCACACUUCCGCCCCAUUGUGUUAGUAAAAACCUCACUUUUUCUAUCCAGGGCUGAAAAGUAUGAAGUAUGAAGCGUCUGUUUACACAUUUAGUGAGAUUUACACUCUGCAUUUAUAUCGUCUUUUCAGUCACAUCCACUUGUUUUUAUUAAUUUAAUAGAAAGUGUAUACUGUAGCAACAUUAAACCUUUUCUAUCUUAGUACCCAAUCAUGCUAUUCCUUACAGCACACACUGAAAAACCUUAUUGGUUUAUUGCAUACAUUUAUCAAUUCUAAAACAAGCUUGUUUCAUGUGUCUAUUUAUUUCAAAUCAACUGUUUAUUUUUGAUUUGACUGUACAGCUGUUAGAUCUACGUUUUUUUUUGUUGUUGCCCUUUAACAACUUCAUAUGUAUUGGAAAGUGUGCUGAGAAGGGAUGCACUGUGAUUUACUGUAGUGUGUUAUUGGUGGAAAUUAAAUGAAUACAUGAUCCUCUCA